GUCACCACUCACCCCGCCCGCCCCCUCCCCUUGGAACAACAUCCAGUAACGUGCUCUGAAAGUGUGUUUCUGUCCCUAUGGUCUCAUCUGGACCCGUAACAUCUGAAACAUCGGCCUGAGCAUGGAGUGCUCCUCGUCUUCAAACGUCCCGGGCGGCAAAAAGAAAAGACAAAACGAAGCGCCGUCCGCUGAGGAGGACGUCAAAAGAAGGAAGACCGAGGAGGAAGGCGACGAAGACCUCCAGCGUCGGCCUUGCGGUUCGGCGAAGGUGUCGGUGCCUCUCGACCGCUUGCAGCAGCCGAUCACCGCGGCCCAGCUGAUGGAGCUGCUUCAUUUCGCCGCUCUGGGGAAAUCCAGGGGCGUCAAACAACCGAGUUGGUGUCGUCUCCACCAUCAGAGGAAGGUCAGCCGUAUAAACGUGGCGAUCGUGGACGGCGUGACGCAGAGUCUCUUCUACAACCACUACCUUUCGAUGGAGCACCUCCGGAGCAGCUACACCACCAGAAUUACAUUCACUCCAUCAUCUGACGAUGUGGCAUCCGACAUCUUCAGCCUUGAAGUUCCUAAGGUGGAUUUUUUAUCUCUUGCUGCGCCAGAGGAGGCGUUUCAUGAAGCUCUGAAGGAUCACCCAGUUAUCACUACGUAUGGCACACAGAGGAGGGGGCUGACUGCAUAUCUGCUUAGCCAACAACAGAUGAUAAAAAAUCACUAUCCAGUCAAGGGACUUCCAGGCUUCGAGGACUUCCUGUGCACAGGCAGCGAUGUCAGUGUAACUGAUGACAGCCCGCUGUACGGACUAGACUGUGAAAUGUGUCAGACAACGAAAGGAAACGAGCUGGCUCGCGUUUCUCUGGUGGACGGUGAUGGGAACUGCUUACUGGAUGAGCUGGUGAAACCUCAAAACCAUGUCAUCAAUUACCUAACGAGGUUCUCAGGCAUCACUGCAGCCAUGUUAAGACCGGUCACCACCACGCUGCGGGACGUUCAGGCAAAGAUCAGGACACUGUUACCAGAAGACGCCGUUCUGGUGGGCCACUCCCUCAACAAUGACCUCAAAGCACUCAAACUCAUCCACCCUCACGUGAUCGACACCGCCCUGCUGUACAGGAAAGAACACGGGCAGAAGUUUAAGCUGAAGGUUCUGGCCGAGGCGGUGCUGAAGAGGCAGAUCCAAACCGAGGACCAGAGGGGUCACAAUCCCACCGAGGACGCAGUGGCAGCGCUGGACCUGGCCCGGUACUUCAUCGGAACGGGGCCGCUCCAGGUUGUGGAGCUUCACCUGGAGGAGCUGUGGGGGUGGAGCUUAGAGGAGUCUCCCAGCUACACACCUGAACCCACACCAAGUUACAGGUUUGCAGACAUUUUGCAGAGCCUCAGCCGCCCCGUGGCAUUUCUGGGAAAGCGCGCCAACGUUGAUCUGGACCUGUCCCACCAGCGCUGGUACGGAUCUGACAAAGAGAUGCUGUCCUCCUUCAGGAACCAGACGGGUCACCUGUUCCUGUCUGUCCUUCGCUUUUCGUCCCUCUCGGACCAUCUGAAAAGAAGCUACGUUCACCGUCACCACCAGCAGCAGCUGUAUCACAACGUUUCUGCAGUCUUCCGGGACAUGUGCACCGUGUUUUCCGGGCCGUUCCCAGCCAACUUUUCCAAAAGGGAAGUGAGGCGGCUGUUUGGUUGCUGCGGGCCGGUCCGCAAAGUCCAAAUGUGGAACACAGGAGUCAGGAUCCACGCCAAGGUGGAGUUUCAGAUGCUAGAAGGAGCGAUGCUCGCUUCAGAAGUUCUGAAUGGGCUCAGCGUGUCGGGUCAGACCAUCAAGGUGCAGAGGCCUGUCAAAGAGUCAAUGCUGGACUUGGAUCUGAAUCUGGACGCUCUAAUGAGCGACAGAGUUAACGCCAAUCAGCUUUACGUCAGUAGACUGACUCAGGACGUGGCAGAGGGACGGAACGUUUCUGUUACGGUUAACGGCCGUCUGUCAGAUGGAAAACCAUCAGGUUUCCAUCCCGGCAGACAAACGAACGGGCCGCUACAGACGGCUAAAGUAAACGGCACACAGCUGCAUCCCGGCACCACCGCACCGGACCUGAGCGAGGAGAGUCUCAGAGAGGCAUUCAGUCCCUUUGGGUCAAUAAAAAGCGUCACCCUGCCCGGUAUACAUGCAAGGCAUGCACGCAUUGAGUUUGAGAGUUCUGAUGGCAAACGCGCGGCACUCGGCUCCUCGGAGGACCUGCUGAAAAACGGGUACCCAACAUGGCCGUCUAUGACUCCACCACACUUGCAUUCAUGGGUUGGCAUGGCAACAUCGAGGAAGACACAAGACGAAGAGGAGGACGCCGCGGACGAGCAGAGGCCUGACUCAUUUAACUGCAGUGGGAUUCAGAGGAAUCAGGAAGUGAGUCUCCUGAAUAAGCUGGACCGCCGACUGAGUAGAGUCUUCAGCUCGCUCCCAGACGGGACCUUGUCUGUGGUGCUGCUGCUCGGACACAACAGCAGAGGUUUUGAUCAUCCCGGUUUAUGUUUGUUGGAAGUCAAAAACGGAUUUUAAAGGGAACAAAGAGCAGGUCUAGGAAACGCCCUGGCAACUCCUGAACAGCUUUGGAGCGAAAAUCGGCAGACCAGCAGACUUUGGAAGAACCUCAGCAAAAGAAGCAGAUCUUUGUCAGACCAUUAAACAUCACGGGGACAGAACACGUUGUUUUUUUUAAAAAACUUUUCAUGGGUUGAAGAGGCUGUAAAAAGUCUUAAUGGCAUCACAUCUUUAAAUCAAUUUUAAUGUACAAAGUCCUAUAAAAGGCUGUUUUAAAGCAAUACUAAUUAAUACAUCAGCUAUGUUUUAAAUAGCUUAAUUUUAAAAAUAUUUUGUUAAUUAUUUUUUAUUUAAUGGACAUUAAAAAAGGUUUAGGCAAUUUUUAUUUUAAAAGAAAAAAAACUGAAGGGAUUGUAGUUGUAAAAAAAACAAAACAAAUGGAAAACAUUUUAAACCUUAAGAAAAAAAAAAUAUACAUUUUUGUUCCAAGGUAGAAAAAAUGCUAACAGAAACAAUUACUAAGAAACAUUCUUUAAUUUUUUCCCUCUUUUAAAAGGAAAUGUAAGGAUUUUUAAACUCAUACAAAAAUGUUUUAAAUUGUACAUCUUUUUGUGCUGACAGCAUACUUUUGACAUCGUUGCAGGUUGACACAGUUACAAAACGUUGAACACAAAUGGAAAGAGAAAAAAAAAAA